UUCACUCAAAAUAUUCUUUCCUUCUCUUCUAAACCAAAGUACCAAACUAAUCUCCUCUAUUGAUUACUCAAUAUCUCCGCACGAAUCUUCUGCAACUUCCAUUUCAAUUUCAGAAUGGCCAUGCAAACUGUAGCUCCACCUUCUGCUCAAGUCGUUGGAAUUGCUUUUGUUGAGCAGUAUUAUCAAAUUCAGCAUCACUCCCCGGAGUCAGUGUACCGAUUCUACCAGGAUUCAAGUGUCUUGAGUCGCCCAUAUGCUAAUGGCGUGAUCACCUCGGUGACAACAAUGAAAAAUAUAAACACUUUGAUAUGUUCAUUGGACUACAAGAACUACAAGGCCGAAAUAAGGACUGCAGAUGCACAAGAUUCCUUCAAGGAUGGGGUGGUUGUUUUGGUGACUGGAUGCUUAACCGGAAGGGAUAAGUUAAAAAGGAAAUUCGCCCAGAUUUUCCUUGCUCCGCAGGACAAGGGUUAUUUUGUGUUGAAUGAUGUUUUUAGGUAUGUCGAAGACAAUGAGAUUGAUACCGUUUCAGAAGUGCUUAAUGUAACUGAGGAUGUGCAGUCAGAGGUUCUUACCCCUGAUCCAGAACCUACUCAUGUGGUUGAUCCUCCAAAUCUCGACCAAGCUGGCUCACCUGAAUAAGAAGUUCAACAUGUUGAGGAAAAAGCCAAUGACUCUUCGGUAGAUUGGAGGCAAGUUGCUCAUGAAAGAGAGAUUGUUGUGGAAACUGGAUCCUAUUUCAACGAGGACCAUCACCCUACAAAUACAGAAUCAACUAAUUCUGUUGCCCAAGAGGAUGCUCCAAAGAAGUCGUAUGCAUCAAUUGUCAGUUCACAAACAAAGAAAGGGCCAACCAAAAUCUAUGUACCCACCAAUACUUCAAGAGUGGCUCCUCCGAAGGCUGUAAAGCAGCCGGUUGCUGCAGUAGCACAAAACGCAGCUCCUGAAUAUAAUGUAUGCUGA